GUAUGUGUACGUGUGUGUGUGUGUGUCUGCGCCGCCGUGGAGCCGUAGUCGAUUGCGGCAGAUUUUUGUCCCUUCGCGCUCGCCCUCUCUCCUUCUCUCCCCCCGCCCAGCCCCAACCCCCAGCGGCGGCGGCGACUCCAGACUGCAGCCCCCCACCCGUUCCUUCCCUCUUCCCUCGGCAAGCUCGCAGCGGCAGAAGCGGCGGCAGCGGUGACAGAGGCGCCUGUGGCUCUUUAUCCUUCUCAUCCUCCUCCUCCUCCUCCUCGUUCUCCUCCUCCUCCUCCUCCUCCUCCUCCUCGCCCUCCGCCUCCUCCUCCUCGCUCUCCUCCUCCUCCUCCUCGUCGUCUUCCUCGUCGUCGUGUGGGGGAGGCGGCGGCGGCGGCGGCGAGAUGCACCCGAGCGCGCCGAGCUACCCCACAGCCUCGCUGUACGUGGGGGACCUGCACCCGGAGGUGAGCGAGGCGAUGCUGUACGAGAAAUUCAGCCCGGCCGGGCCCAUUCUCUCCAUCCGUGUCUGCAGGGACAUGAUCACCCGGCGCUCCCUGGGCUACGCCUACGUCAAUUUCCAGCAGCCGGCCGACGCGGAGCGGGCCCUGGAGACCAUGAAUUUCGAUGUGAUCAAGGGCAAGCCGGUGCGCAUCAUGUGGUCCCAGCGGGACCCGUCCCUGCGCAAAAGCGGUGUGGGCAACAUCUUCAUCAAGAACCUGGACAAGUCCAUCGACAACAAGGCCCUCUUCGACACCUUCUCGGCCUUCGGUAACAUCCUCUCCUGCAAGGUGGUGUGCGACGAGCACGGCUCCAAGGGCUACGGCUUCGUGCACUUUGAGACCCGAGACGCGGCCGAGAGGGCCAUCGACAAGAUGAACGGGAUGCUGCUUAACGACCGCAAGGUUUUCGUGGGCCGCUUCAAGUCCCGCAAGGAGAGGGAGGCUGAGCUGGGGGCGCGGGCCAAGGAGUUCACUAACGUGUACAUCAAGAACUUUGGGGAGGACAUGGACGACCUGCGGCUCAAGAGGCUCUUCGGGAAGUUCGGGCCCUCCCUGAGCGUCAAAGUCAUGACGGACGAGAGCGGGACGUCCAAGGGCUUCGGCUUUGUCAACUUUGAGAGGCACGAGGACGCCCAGAAGGCCGUGGAGGAGAUGAAUGGCAAGGAGCUGAACGGCAAGAAGAUCUACGUGGGCCGCGCGCAGAAGAAGGGGGAGCGGCAGACAGAGCUCAAGCGCAAGUUCGAGCAGCUGAAGCAGGACAGGAUCACCCGCUACCAGGGGGUGAACCUGUACGUCAAGAACCUCGACGAUGGCAUCGAUGACGAGCGCUUGCGCAAAGAGUUCUCCCCCUUCGGCACCAUCACCAGCGCCAAGGUGAUGAUGGAGGGGGGCCGCAACAAAGGCUUUGGCUUCGUCUGCUUCUCCUCACCCGAGGAGGCCACCAAAGCCGUCACAGAGAUGAACGGCAGGAUCGUGGCCACCAAGCCCUUGUACAUCGCGCUGGCCCAGCGCAAAGAGGAGCGCCAGGCCCACCUCACCAACCAGUACAUGCAGAGGAUGGCGAGCAUCCGGGCCGUGCCCAACCCCGUCCUCAACCCCUACCAGCCUCCCUCCGGCUACUUCAUGACCGCCAUCCCCCAGACUCAGAACCGGCCUGCCUACUACCCGGCCAGCCAGAUGGCUCCACUCAGGCCGAGUCCUCGCUGGACCUCGCAGGGCGCCAGGCCUCAUCCGUUCCAGAACCUGCCUGGGGCCAUCCGCCCAGCAGCGUCCAGGCCGCCCUUUGGCUCCAUGCGGCCCAUGUCUUCGCAGCUGCGAGGGGUGGGGGCCUCCCAGCGCAUCGCCAACAGCUCCACUCAGGCCCUGGGGCUGCCUCCGGGGGCCUCUGCAGGGGCUGCUGGAGCUCCUGGUGUCCGGAUGGGCCCACAGUACAAGUAUGCAGCGGGGGUUCGCAACCCCCAGCAGCAUGUCAACAUCCAGCCCCAGGCCAGAGUGCAGCAGCCUGCCGUGCAUGUGCAAGGCCAGGAGCCUCUGACGGCCUCCAUGCUGGCGGCGGCUCCUCCUCAGGAGCAGAAGCAGAUGCUGGGGGAGCGGCUGUUCCCGCUCAUCCAGGCCAUGCACCCGAGCCUGGCCGGCAAGAUCACCGGCAUGCUGCUCGAGAUCGACAACUCGGAGCUCCUGCACAUGCUCGAGUCCCCGGAGUCCCUGCGCUCCAAGGUGGAUGAAGCCGUGGCGGUCCUGCAGGCCCACCAGGCCAAGGAGGCUGCCCAGAAGGCAGUUAAAAAUGCUGCCGAUGUUCCAGCCGUUUAGAAGAGAAGAUGGAACCUCUGCUUCAGUGAAGGAAAUGUGUAAACAUCAAAAAAUUUCAGUGUUGUGAAUUUUGCAAAAUAUGAAAUAAAUAAAAAAUGUAGAAUUUGAAUGUGAUGUACCAAGAAAAUACCAGGUCAAGCAAACUUAAUGCUAGACCUAGAUUACUGAUUGCUUUUAAAAUAUACCAAAAAAAGAGAAAAGCAAAGAGUAAAAAUAUAAAAACAAGUUAAUGUUUUAUUGGGGGAGGGAGAAUUUUCAACACAGUACAAAAAUUUAAAGUAUUUCUUUUUAUAAUUUUGUGAUAAUUCUGUGGAAAAAGCUUAAAAUAUCACCAUUGUUUUAGAUAACAAUUGAUAGUUGAACAAAAAACCGUAAUUUGGAUUAUAAAAUUCUUGUUUUAAUAAAAAUUCCUUAAACUGUGAAAAAAAGAAUGAAGUACAGAUGUCCAAAAAAAAAAACCAAAAUUUAAUCCCAGUUAAAAAAAAUAUCCUAUGGGAAAAAAUAUGCAACAACUCUUUUAAAAUUGUAUCUUUAAAAAUUAUUCAGAUUGUACAUUUUAUUUAAUUAUUUAUUGACUAUUCAAAUUAUCCAUUUCCAUGAGACAUGGAUAAGAAUAAUACUCAAAAGUCAGAUUGCAAAAAUUGCUCUGACACUUCAAUCAUAAACUGCUGAAAAGGAUCUGGUUAACAGAAGAAAGUAACUUCAUUCUUUUUAAAAUAGAACCAUAGGGAGAGCUGGCUUUUGUGUUCUAUUUCGUCUGGAGCUACUAUCUCUACUAUUUCCAAUCCAAGUAUUCUCUUUAAAGCAGUUAAAUUUAUAAACUACCUGCUCUUGGCUAUGUGUUUAGACAGCCUUUGGUGACCUCCUGCUGAUUCCUUGUUGGCAGUUUGAUAAAGAUUUCUUUUAAAUCAGAUUUUCAGUUUGCUUUAAGCUAGUGAGAAUAGGCUUGAUUCCUUCCACUCUUUUCUUGUGUACGCCAUAUGGUAUCUACAUUUAUAUGAGUGUGAGAUUGGCUUUAGAAAAUCUGCAAUUUGUUCUUGGCCUUGCUGUUGUUGUAUUUGCUGCUGCUGCUACUUCUGAAACUCAAAAUUUUAAAGGGUUGUAUGUAAGGCUUACAAAGCACUUUUCAUUACUCAACUCAUCCAAUGUUCCCAAUAGCCCUAUUAUCCCUGUUUGUGAAUGAGGAAACUGAGGGUCCCAGUGCUUAAGUAACUUUCCCAGAGGCACCUGGGCUGGAUGUACAUAGGUGAUCUUCAGCAAGUUACUUCUCUGGCCUCAGUUUCUUCACUUGUAAAAUGAAUGUUGGAUUAAAUGAUGUCUAGGGUCCCUUUUGAUUCUAAAAUUAUGUGAACUCUUUGGGAACAAGACUGGCCUUAUGUAUGAGUGGAAUAGUUGAUUACUUAUUAGUUAUGAGUGAGUAGGCAAAGGAUUUAUUCCUACUCAACAUAUCUGGACUUGAAUUGGGACGGAAAUGAGUGAAUGAGAAUUUUAGUGCUCAUUAUAUGCAAAGAAGCAUGGUGCUAAGUGCUGGGAUGCAAAUAGAAAAUUAAGGCAGUGUCUGCUUUCAAGGAGUUCACCUUCUAAAAGGGAGACAGUACAGAUGCCAGUAAAAUAAAUGGAAAUGCAUUGUGGUUCUAAUGGUUUAACAGCAAGACAGAUGAAAAUGCAUCUUCUGUUGUGUCAUUCAAUUGAUAAAACUGAUGGUGCCAAGGA